GACCGAGAGCUGCAGCAUGUGUCUCAGCAGGAGGAAGCAAGGGCUGCACAGAAGGUUAACAGAGGAGCAGGUAAGUGUGGUGCAUGUUCCCUGGAUAAAGGGUUAGGACAGCAGAGAGAAUGAGCUGUGUGAGUAGCAGGGAGAGGGAAGGUGUGAGUAGCAGGGAGGGGAGAGUGGCUUCUCCUGCACGGCCCUUACAGCUCUCUGCGCAGGGCUCUGGCAGUGCUGCUCAUGGGUCCCUAGCCCACUUAGAUAGUAUACCAUCAGGGAGUAGCCCCCGUCAGGGGGGUGCACAGGCCUUUCAGGUACACGUGUUUGUGCUGUUUCCCUGUCUGGUCAUUCUUUUGCAGGAUCUUCUGCUGGUGGUAGAAGAAAGAAGAGAAGGCACUGUACGUAUCGUCGCGGGGAACACGGACGUUCGAGGAGUCAUCGCAGGAGACGGUAUCGUUCUCGCAGAUGCGCUUCUUCUACAUCAUCCAGCUGUACAUAUUCCUCAUCUCAGCGUUCCUCGGGCAGUAGUUCUUCUGGACCUGGAGCCGAACAACGUUGGAGCGUUGGAACUUGUUAUGCCGAAAGGACAAACAGCAGAGGCUACUCCGGCCUGUGGACCAGGUGGGGAACAGUCGACGACUACAGCAUCUCUGGCUACGCCUGAAGCACCCCUGGGAGCCUCAGGGACGCCGUCAGUAGAUUCCCUCCGCCCUCAAGCCUUGAUCGUGGGUCUUUCAUAUAUCUUUUCGGCGCAGAGAAGAACGGAAGGUCAACCCUGCGGUGGCAACCUUGGCGUUGACAAUGUCGCUGUUCAUUGGUGGGGUGUCCGGGGCCUACGAAUUGUCACAGCUGGCGGAAGGUAGCCGUGAAAAAAGUAGGAAAUCCUACAUGCGUCGCUGCCUACAGCGUUCAGUAUAACAGGAGGUUAUGUGUCUUUGGAAAACAGAAAGUUGGGUUGCUUUAAAUGACUGUUUCCAGGGCUCACAUUGUUAGAUAUAGUUAAAUAAAACCGUGGCCACCCCAC